CUAUGUUGUUGGUCUUGGUGUAUACACAUAACAUUAAUUCUAUUGUUACAUUAGGUUAAAUUACUUUAAUAUCAACAUAUAGACUCUUUAAAAAAAGAGUUUAAGCUUAUACUAUAAUGCUUUUAAUGCAUUAUUUUUAUAUUUUUUAAAAUUCUAGAACAUUGAUAGCAUAUUGACCUGAAAAGAUUCCAGAAUUUUCCGGAAAUUUGUGGGCAUCAUCUUAAAUAUAAAACUCGGUCAAAGCGAAAUACAGUUAUUUUGGACUAACUAAGAUUAUUUAAUAAAUAAAAUUUCUUGUGCGAGCAAAAUGUCACUAAAGGUGUCUUGCAGGGCUAGUGAUAGUGAUAAACACGAAUGGGAUAUUACACACUUAUUAUUUCAUAAAGGAAAACUAUACAGUGCAGCAGAUGAUGGUAAAAUCAAGUUGUGGAGUAAAGACCUCAUAAAAGAAGCAGAAGCAGAAGCUCAUCCUUGUUCAGUAUUUUGCUUAGCAGCCAAUGAUGAUACUCUUUAUUCGUGUUCCAAUGAUGGUACCAUAAAGAUGUGGGACUUAAAUACUUUGAAAGAAAAAGGCAUUUUGGUUCAAAGCAGUGAUGUUGAAUACUGGCGAGUUGGCUAUUCAGCUGGUUGUCUAUUUGCUGGAGACGAUAAAGGGAAUAUUAGUGUGUAUAAAGAUAAUCAAUUAUACGGACAGGUGAAUAUUGCUGAACCUAUAAAAGACAUGGUAAUCCAUGACACGCUUGUCUUUACCGUUAAGGACCUGGAUUUAGUCAUUACAGAAAUAAAAUUAGAAGGAAAGAACAUCAAAUAUGGAACUAAAAUCUCAUUUAUGGGUCGAGCACCAGUAACAUUGAUUGGUGAUAAGCUAUUUGCUUUUAUAACUCGAGAAGGCAAAGAGAUACAGUUACAUGAAAUAUGUGUUGAAUCAGGUUUUAAACCAGUUGCUAGAAUGACUGGAUCAGAAAUGAUAAUAAAUGCCUUAUCAGGAACGGUUUGGAAUGAUCAGCAGCACUUGUUUAGUGGAGGUUGGGAUAAAAUGUUAAAAUGGUGGAGUAUAAAGAAUAAUGGGCCUACCCAAGAGGCAACGUGUAAUGUAGACUUAGUGAUUACUUCCAUACAGAGCGGUGAUAAUGGACAAGUUUUUGUUGGUGGGGCCGAUGGACAUAUAUUAAGGAUAGAUGUGGUGUAAAUUAAUGUUACUCAUGUACAUUAGAAAAUAAAUAUUACAUAAUCAAUAUA